AUGGCAGCCCCGCCUGACCGGGCCACAGAAGAUGCCGGCGGCGGCAGUGACGCACAACUGCCUGACCUAUCUACCGAUACCACGUCCGCAUCGAUCGUCGUGCGCCCUUCGUUUGAGCAGCUCAACGCCACCCUCUUCUCGCGUGGCUACCUCCGCGCCCCGCUCAACGUCGCAGGCCUGCCCCAGCACUCGGUAGAGGCGCUCGCCGACGCCCUUCACGCCAUCAUCGCACAGCGCGAAGAGGAUCUCGAGGUGCGCAGCGUACUCACCGCAAAGACGCGCACCCUCACCGCCUCGCUCGAGCGUGCAAAGCGCUUCCUCAAGGACGAGGGCGAAAAGUGCGCAGACAGCGAACGCAAGGCAGAGGCGGCAAAGGCCAAGGCGGCCGCCGUUCAGCACGCCCUGCAGGCAGAACAGCUCGCGCACAAGGCCACAAAGGACGCCCUCACAAAGAGCCGGAGGGAGCUUCAGCUGGUCAAGGCAUCCGCGCUCCAGCACCGCGCAUCCUCGGACCGCAACGUCGCCCGCGUCCGCGCACGCAUCGGCGAAGUCACCGGCACCGCUCUGCGCCUGUCCGUUCCCGACUUCCGCAUCGUCUCGAGCGCAUUCGACGAGUCGCUGCCCGGCAGCGGCAGCGCCAAGGCGAGGGCGCCCACACUCGCAGAGGAGCAGGUCGAGGAGCUCGAGAGGAACCGCGCAGAGCUCGUCGACUACAACCGCGCCCUCAAGCGGCUGGCCACCGAGGCCAUCAAUGCCGUGCGCCGCGCAGACGCUGAGCUGCUCGACAUGGUCGAGGCCGAAGAGCAGGACAGCCAGAAGAAGGCGACCGCCGGCGCAGGACCAUCCGCGUCGUCCUCCAGCUCGGACCUCGCAUCAUCGUCGUACGGCAGCGGUGGCGCCAGCCAGAGUGCCAGCAAAAAGCGCGCGUCGACGUCAGAUGCGUGGCUGCAGGGCCAUGGAGCGCUCUUCCAGCGCGACCUCUUCCCCGCCGCACAUCCUUUGACGACAGCCGCGGCAGCAGCAGCCGUCGCCGGUGCUUCUGGUUCCAGAGCGGCGCCGGCGCACCCGGCACUGCAGGCGCUGUCCCGCGCCACCGACCAUUUCGCAGACCACGUGCAGACCUUGCUGGAUCUCCGCACCACGCGUCUCGUCCACGAGGCCGAGUCGCGGAAGCGCGAUGCCAUCGAGGCCAAGGAGAGCUCGUGGCAGGCGCAGCUGCACUCCGAGGUCAAGGCCGAGAUCGAGGGCGACGCCCAAUUCUCGGUAAACCGCCACGACGCCGUACUGAGCGUCAACGGCGCGCUCACGGCCAACAAGAAGCAGGUGUGGCAAGAGGAGAAAAAGGAGCUUGAGAGGAAGCUCCUCGAUACCGUCAAGAGGCUGGCGGUGGCCGAGCAGAAUGUGGCGAGGAGGGAAAAGGAGCUGAGGAAGCUCGAGGAGAGCGAGAGGCGGGCCAGGCGGCUGAUCGACGAGCAGCAACGGCAGCAGCAGCAGCAGCCGACCGCCAAGGAGGGCGAUAAGGAAGGGGAUGGCGCCAAGGCCGGCAAGGAGUCUUCUGCAUCCAACAUCGAGGCCGCCCGGAACGAGCUGCAGCGGGAAUUCGACGAGGCCAAGGCCGAGAAGCGGCGGUACGCUAAGCUCUCCGAGACCCUUGAGCGGGAUCGGGAGCAGCUCGAGAGGGCUCGGGAGAAGCUACGCGCCGAAAGGGCCGAGUCUCGAGCCAUGUCGGCGGCGGCAGCAGCGGCGACGACAGCAACCCAGCUGCAGCAGGACCAGCCAGCCCCCGCUCGCAGGACGGUCUCGCGCCUGGAUGCGUCGGAGAUGCCGGCACGGCCUGCUGCGGCGAUCGAGCGCCUGCCGCCUGUCAUCGAAGGGCUUGAAUUGUCGCCAGCCGCCGAUGAGGGAGGCGACAAGAUGGAGCUCGACGAUGCACCGGCGGCGGAGGCGGUACCGGCUUUGUCUCCAAGCCAUCCGGCGACGGCUGAACUCGCUGUGGCGCCGGCAGGCGAGGCACCUGGAUCCGCCGUGGCGACGGGAUCCAACCCUGAACUCGAUGCCAUCUUCGGCCGGGCUUUCUCUGCACUCGCCACGACGUCGAUGUCGAGUCCGCCGUCUACGGCGAAGGCGGCAACAAGGACCCCCGUCGAGAAGCCUCGUCGCCAAUCGAGUCGGCUCAGCUCGUCAUCGUCCACUCCCCCGACAUCGGAUGUCGUCGCGGCGGAGUCGGCGGCUGUCCCGACAACCGAGAAGCGCAAGAGUCGGCGUAUCUCGGAGCGUUCCGAGGACAGGCACGAGGAGGCCGCCACCGUCUCGGAGGGUUCCGAGAGGAAGCGGCGUAGGGUCGAGACGGAAAGCAGCCUCGCGGAACGGCGCAGCAGCAAUAGCAGCGGCAGCACUACAGGACGCCGGUCAAGGACGGAGGACGACGGCAUCUUCGGCUCCGCUACCACGUCGGCCACGUCCGGCGGCCUCGUCGUCGUCGUCCUCUGCCCCGACCGCCGCUGCCGGGCCUGCACCAUCCGAGGACCAACCGAGACGACCUUCCGCAUCGCGCGUGACGGCCCCGACAGCUUCUAG